AUGAACAAGAUUAGAAGUUGUGACAGAGAAUCAAUUAAUGGACUAUCGAGUGAUCAGAAGAGAGAGUUUCUCGAACGAUACGGUCUUAAUCCCGACGACUUUCUAUCAAAACCUUCUCCUAAGACAAGGAGAAAGGAACUGCGAAAGAUAGGGAGGGGAAAACAGGUCCCACCGGAGGAACCUAAGCCGCCAAUGGGAGACUCAGAAAUUGCUUCAAGUGUGGAAUGGCUUGAAUUUAUCUGUGUGCUUGGAGGAACAACUAAAAGGAAGAAAUUGCUCUCACCAAAGGGCAUGGAUGUACGCCCAAUGAUGGAAGUUGUAAAAGGUGCAGCCUUUGACAUUUUGCAGACGGCCAGUGGUUGUCCUGCAUCUUUAAGGCCUGGUCGUUGGUUAGACUUGUAUAGCGGCACAGGAUCUGUUGGUAUUGAGGCUCUCAGCCGGGGAUGUUCUGAGGUGCAUUUUAUCGAGAUGGAUCCUUGGGUUGUUUCAGAUGUUCUACGACCAAAUUUAGAAUGGACUAGUUUUCUUGAUGUUUCUGUCAUACAUACAGCCCAUGUCGAAAGAUUCUUACAACAGGCUGAGCAGUUUGUAGGUAUAAAAGAUGGGCCAUUUGAUUAUAUUAGUGUGACACCUCCAUAUACUAAAGUGGAUUAUGGGGUACUGAUGGAUCAAGUUUCAAAAUCAUCUGUAGUUGGAGAGGAUACCUUUAUAGUAAUAGAGUAUCCUUUAAGAACAUGCAUGUUGGAUUCAUGUGGAUGCCUCAUAAAGAUUUCUGACCGACGGUUUGGCCGGACACAUUUAGCAAUAUAUGGGCCCAAGUGGGCACAGAAAAAGAGAAAGUUGGAGAAGUCCGUUUGGGCAUUAGCAAGAAAGGGCUCCGGAAGGAUAUCUACCAUGGAUUCCAAACGAGGAGACUGGAUUCUGGUGGUGAAGCAAAGAGGAAAGCAGGAAGCGGGGAGAAAAGUAGAUAGUGCAGUAGUCUUGUCAUGA